AUGGAAAGCUGUAAUCCGGCUUCGACGCCAAUGGAACCAGAAACAAAACUGUCGAAAUUUGAUGGAGGAGAACGUGUCGAAGCAGGAAGAUAUCGAAGUUUGGUAGGAAGUCUUCGCUAUCUCACAUGUACAAGACCAGAUAUCUCAUUAAGUGUAGGCAUUGUAAGUCGAUUCAUGGAGGAGCCAGUGUACACACAUUGGAAAGCAUUGAAGCGAAUUCUGAGGUACAUCCAAGGAACAGUGUCACUUGGGAUGUUUUACUCGAAUUCAGACAAAUACAAGCUGGUUGGUUACUCUGACAGUGAUUGGUGCGGAGACAUAGACGAUCGAAAAAGCACUUCUAGAUAUGUGUUUUUCAUGGGAAACACUGCAUUCACUUGGCUUUCUAAAAAGCAGCCAAUAGUAACUCUUUCGACAUGUGAAGCAGAAUAUGUAGCAGCAUCCUGGUGCGUUUGUCAUGCAAUAUGGCUCAGAAGAUUGAUGAGUAAAAUGGAGCUAGAACAGAAAGAUGCUAAUACAAGUUGA